UAGUUGAGUAUCUCUGCAGGCAGUGUCUCUGCGGAGCUCAGUCUGGUUUAUGUGACUUUUUAAAUUAGUGUGUUGGGUAUUACGCAGGAAUUCUGAAUACAUUGACAAGAGCGCGGCACAGCUUUUCGAUUAAAGAAAAAACAAAACUCAAGGCGGACAGUCAAGGUUUUUUUUUGUUUGGUUUUUUUUUUACAUUCAGAUACUCAAGAUUCCUUCUUCUCAACGUCAAGCGAGAGCGAGCUUUCAUUGGAAGCGAAUAUAAACGGGUUGGGUUUUGCCUGCUUGCAUUUCAAACCUACCAUCCAAUGUCGAUAAGCUAUCCCUUCUCAACCUUGGAGGGGCAAAGCAGUAAGCGGGACCGUGAUUUUGAGGAUGUUCCAGCGGGUACAGCGUCCAGACCCCGGCUGCACAGAAUGAGCAGCUUUUCAGAAGCCAGGCAUGAGGAGGCAGAGCUUGUGCUUCACUCCGAUGGCAGUGACAGCAGCCAGGACAGGAGAGCCCCCUCGCCCAGGCAGGGCUUGCACAACGACAUGGAGAUGACGAGCAGCGGCUCCAGUGGCAACGACUCCCACGGGAAUGAAUCUUCAGGGAGUUCCAGUGGGAAUGGGAAGGAUUCUGCGCUGUUAGAAUCUUCGGAGAGCAAUAAAAGCGCGAAAUCCCAGAGUCCGUCUCCACCCAGCAGCUCCAAUGCAUUCAGUCUGCUCAGCUCCAGCUCUGAGCCUGACAACCCUUCCACUAGCGGCUGCAGUAGUGAAGAGUCUGCGAAGGCCAAGACUCAAAAAGAGUUGCUGAAAACUCUGAAGCAGCUGAAAGUACGCCUCCCUUCUGAAAAGAGGGCCAAAGGGAAAUCCAGCACACUGGCUACGCUGAAUUACGCACUGCGCUGUGUGAAGCAAGUCAAAGCUAAUGAGGAGUACUACCAGUUACUCAUGAUCAAUGAAAGCCAGCCCUCCGGUCUUGAUGUGUCCUCUUACACCAUUGAAGAGAUAGACAACAUCACAUCUGAGUACACUCUGAAAAACAAUGAUAUAUUUGCUGUGGCUGUCUCUCUGAUCACAGGGAAGAUUGUUUACAUCUCCGAUCAAGCUGCGUGCAUCCUGAACUGUAAGAGAGAGGUGUUCAGGAAUGCCAAGUUUGUGGAGUUCCUGUCGCCACAAGACGUGAGCGUGUUCUACAGCUUCACAGCACCUUACAGACUGCCAUCCUGGAGCAUGUGCACUGGGGCCGAGUCAUCUCCUCCAGACUCCAUACAGGAAAAAUCUUUUUUCUGUCGCAUCAGCGGCGGGCGAGAGCAAGCGGGAGAAAUGCUAUACUGCCCAUUCCGGAUGACUCCUUACCUGAUGAAGGUACAGCACUCGGAACACGCUGAGGACCAUUUCAGCUGCCUGCUGCUUGCAGAAAGAGUGCACUCUGGAUAUGAAGCACCCAGGAUUCCUGCAGAUAAGAGGAUCUUUACCACCACCCACACCCCAAGCUGCAUGUUUGAGGAUGUGGAUGAAAGAGUGGUGCCACUGCUGGGUUAUCUUCCUCAGGACUUGAUAGGGACACCUGUGUUGCUGUAUCUGCACCCCAGCGACAGGCAUUUGAUGCUAGCUGUCCACAAGAAAAUUUUGCAGUGUGCAGGGCAGCCCUUUGCAGAUCAUUGUGCAAUUCGGUUUUGUGCUCGGAAUGGAGAAUACGUUACUAUGGAUACCAGCUGGUCUAGUUUUGUCAACCCUUGGAGCAGGAAGGUGUCGUUUAUCAUAGGAAGACAUACAGUCAGAACCGGUCCUGUAAAUGAGGAUGUCUUUGCCGCUCCGCCGUUUACUGAGGGUAAAAUAAUCGAUUCUGAUAUUCAGGAAAUCACAGAGCAGAUUCACAGGCUUUUACUCCAGCCAGUGCACAGCCAUGGCUCCAGUGGGUAUGGGAGUUUAGGAAGCAACGAGUCACGUGAACAUUUAAUAAGUGUGGCUUCAUCCAGUGAGAGCUUUGGUCUUCUAAACGAAGAGUCAAAACAGGAGAAACCUAGAACAUUUCAAGAGAUCUGUAAAGGUGUACACAUGCUGAAGAACCAGGGGCAGCAGAUCUUUGAGUCCAGAGCCAAACCGGAGCAAAAGAAACACAACUCUGCUGCUGAACCACAAAAAGACUCAAAUGUGAGGACCAAAGACACUCUCCUACUCUCUGGGACUGGUAAUGCAACAGGCAUUUCUCAGAAAACCACCAACUCUGAAGAGAUAAGCAACAAGGAACAGACUGUUUAUUCCUACCAGCAAAUCAGCUGUCUUGACAGUGUUAUCAGGUUUCUGGAUAGCUGUAAUAUUCCAGUCACUGUUAAGAGGAAAUGUGUGUCCUCCUCCAACACAGCCUCUUCCAACUCUGACGAAGACAAGCAGGUUGUCACUGAUGACAGCAUGCAAGUUUCUCAAGCAGACCCAUCCUUGUUAGACCAUCAAGCUGAUCUUGCUUCGUUGAAGUCGCCUGAAAAUGCUUCUGCAGCAGCGGUUGUUGGCGCGUCACUGACACCUCUUGCUUUACCCAGCAAGGCUGAAAGUGUUGUGUCCAUUACCAGCCAGUGUAGUUACAGCAGUACAAUUGUUCACGUUGGGGACAAGAAACCACAGCCUGAAUCCGAAAUAAUGGAAGAGGGUCAGAGUGGUAUUGAGCCGGUGGAGAGCCAGCCCCCUCCCCCUCCAGCCAGUGUAGUGCCAGCAGUGAGCCAGGAGAAGGAAGCCUACAAGAAGCGGGGCCUCACCAAAGAGGUGCUGGCAGCGCACACACAGCAGGAGGAGCAAGCCUUCCUCAGCAAGUUCAAGGAGCCCCGGGGGAUGCACAUGUUUCAAUCUCCUUGCAGCUUCUACCUGCAGGAGAAGCACAAGGGGCACAAAUGUGCACAAGGUACCCAAACACCCAGACAGAGAGGGCAGAAUGCCACAGAACCCCCCUUUAAGAAGGCAGGAAGAAACAAGAAAACCAAGUGUAAGCGUGUGAAGCAAUGUGACUCAUCAGACAGCACCUCUUCACACAAUCAGCAGCCACACAGACCCCCUCUCGUGGGCCUAAACCACACCCCCUGGUCCCUUUCAGAAACCUCUCAGUCCAGCUACCCUGCUAUGUCGUUCCCCACGGUUGUGCCAGGGUACCCAAUGCCAGUCUUGACUGCACCAGGAGCUAUGCCUCCAGCCACCAACCCAUCUAUGUCUGGCAUCGGGGAUGGGCAGAGUGCCCAGGACAAUUGCGGCCAAAUGCAGCCACCACAGUAUUCGGCACCUUUAGUUACUCCAAUGGUGGCAUUCGUGCUCCCAAAUUAUAUGUUCCCACAGAUGAACAGUGCAGUCCACCCAUCCUUUUACCCCGGACAGCCCUCUUUCCCCCCACAUCCAACAUUCUCAGCGCAAGCUGCGUUCCCCAUUCCGCCGGCAUUCCCAGGACAGCCCCAGUUUGGUGUUCCCAGUGUUGUCCAGGCGUACCCCCAGUUUCCCGGGCAGCUGUUACAUUACAACAUGCCGAUGGAGAGUGAUCAGCGGGACAGGCCAUCCCGCUCCUCUACCCCUCAGUCAGUCGGGGCGCAGGACCAAGCCUCUCCACCUUUGUUCCAGUCGAGGUGCAGCUCUCCUUUGCAGCUGAAUCUCCUGCAACUGGAAGAGACGCCCAAGCGGGUGGAACGGCAGGAAGCAGGACCUUCUGCCACGUCCCUAGGGGCUGCUGGGACUGCGGGAGACAGAGACAAAGAAGCCACCACGAGCAAGGAGUCAGAGGGCGGUGAAUCCCCAGCUGAAGGCCAAAUCAGUGAUGCCUGCUCCUCCUCCAGCGAUCUGCUUGACAUUCUGCUGCAGGAAGACUCGCGGUCAGGCUCAGGGUCGGCCGCCUCAGGCAGUGGGAGGUCAGCAGAUUCGGGGUCCUUGGGAUCAGGCUCCAAUGGGUGUGGCACCUCAGGCAGUGGCACAGGGAGCAGCCAGACCAGCAAUACCAGCAAGUACUUUGGAAGCAUCGACUCUUCUGAGAACGACCACCAACUGAAAGAGAAGACUGGCAUGGAAAAGAAAGAAGGCACUAGCUUGGUUAAAUACGUCCUCCAGGAUCCGAUGUGGCUGCUGAUCGCUAAUGCAGACGAUUCGGUCAUGAUGACUUAUCAGGUGCCGUCACGAGAUUUCGAGACUGUUCUCAAAGAAGACAGAGACAAGCUGAAACAGAUGCAGAAAGCCCAGCCAAAGUUCAGGACAGAACAGAAGAGCGAGCUGGUGGAAGUUCACCCUUGGAUGAAGACGGGUGUACUGCCUGAAGCUAUCGAUGUCACAGAGUGCCUUUGCUCUGUGGAGAGUACUCAAGGUGGUGCAUCCACUGCCUUUGACGAGGCUAUACAGAACAUUGAACUCUGUGCAAUGGUCGAAACCAGUGAGGAAGGCAGUUUGAGGACACUGAGUGUUACAAACGAAGAGCAAAUGCAUGCAGAAGCAAGCCCAAUGCCCUAACAGCAAGACAGACAAUUAAUGAGAAACCAUCAGAAAUCAGAAACAUAAAUAGAAAGCGAUUGUAGCAAACUAGCAAACAAAAUAAUGUCAUGAAUCUUACCUGUUUGGUUCUCCCUGUAGCUGCAUAGGUUUCACAUAAUUCUAGAAAUUCUAGAAGGGAUGGGAACAAUUUCAGUUUCAGUCAAAGUGCAACACUAUGUGAAAGCAAAGCUUUCUGUGAACGAGUGCAGGAUCAGAUCAAUCAUCAUGUUUUAAAAUAAAAAAACAUGUUUAUAUUUAUUUAAAAACUGCAUCUAGAGUCCUAUAUGAACAACAGCAGUGGACAACAAGUAAAAAAAUAUGUUUUGUUUUUUUUGUUUGUUUUUUUGCUGCAAUCACUUUAAGUUGAACAAAGCAACCACUUGAGAGACACCGUGUGUAUUGUAUGCUGUUUUGAGAUCAGUAGAGCAGGCUGGUGUAAGUGCAGCGAAACCUGCAUUACAGGUUCAUCGAAGGGGCUGCUACAGAGGGAUGACUGCUUAAUGCAUAUUCAAAGUGUGUCAGGCAUUCACUUGUAUUUGAAGAGGGGACGGCUGUUUUUGGAUUUGCUGAACACUGAUUAGUAAGAUCAGGUGACCAUAAAUACAGGUUUUACUGUAUGUAUUAUAAAUACUUGUUUAUUUAUUUACUCUGCAUCCAAUUGGUUAAGCAUGUAUUUGUGUUAACCAUAACGUUCACUGCUGGCUGCACUGUGAGAGAACACUUGAUAUUUUAUACUGUUUUUCCACUCUUUUUUUAAAGCCUUUCUAUCACCUGCUUCUGUUUUAGAAAUUCCUCUUUUGCUCUAUGUUACAGCCUUGAUCUUUGACUCAAGUCUUCUGUUAUAUAUUGUAAUUUGGUUUUAUGUAUAUGAAGGGUAAUUUAAAUGUCAUUCCCUUAUUGAGUGGUCAAUAAACACAACGACAGCAUAAUGGAAGCUAGUUGAACUUUAAAACAAUCACAGUGUUCCUGAUCCUUGUCUGUGCAUGAAAGUGAAGUGCAAUAUAGUGUGUCUACAGUGACCAGGUAUGCAGGAUUCCUGCAAGCAAUUUUGCAUAGUGGAGCAAAACAAAAAAGUAUAGUGAAGAAGAAUUUAAACUAAGUGCCCCACAUUUAAACUAACCAGCAAGCUGUAAAACAUGUACCGCACAGGCGUUUCAUGUUGCGUUCUCUUAUCAUGUCAUUGUUUUGAUGUAUCUUAAAGCAAUACACACUAACUUGUUGUCUGGACCACACGCACAGGUGCUGCUUACAUCAGCACUUCAUAAACAGGAUUUUCAAGAGCAAAGCUCGUGGGACCUCCAUGUUCCCUAUUCUGUGAUAGAAACUGGAUAAUAUAUAUAUUAUUUUAUUUUUUUAUAAAGAAUAAGAAACGAAAAUGCUACCUGCGAGGAGUAAGUGUGGGGGGAAAAAGCAACAUGUUGUUGCAAUAAGAAAGCAUCAGUUUUUUAACUGUUACUUCCUUCUUUUGGGAUUGACUGACUGCUAACCAUGAUAAAGGGGAUUAUUCGUAUACAACAAAAGUGUUUCACACUCGGAUCAAAAUGUGUUUGCUGAUCUAAAUGUACAUUUGAGUGUUAUGGGCCUGUAUAUGCUCUAGUUCCAGUGUGUUUGUUUGUCUACAACUUGAAGAAAGAGGUAACUUGUUCACAGUAACUCAUGAACAUUUUAAAAACUCUAGAAAUUAAAGCAUAUAUGUUGGUCUUUUAAGUGUUGUUGGACAAAGUCUACAUGCACUGGUACCAUUUUUUUUUUUUUUUUUUUUUAAAAUCUAAAAAGUUGAGCGGUUUGUUUGCUCAUAAAACUAGGUUUUGGGGGUUAUUUGUAGUUACAGAGCAAAUAAAGGAGAAUAUGA